UGGGCACAGGUGGGUGGCACUGGUGGGCACAGGUGGGUGGACACAGGUGGGUGGCACUGCUGGGCACAGGUAGGUGGCACUUCUGGGCACAGGUGGGUGCACUGCUGGGCACAGGUGGGUGAUCUACUGGGCACAGGUGGGUGCUCUGCUGGGCACAGGUGGGCGGAGCUAGUGGGCACAGGUGGGUGGCACUGCUGGGCACAGAUCAUCAGGGCACUGAUCAUCAGUGCCCUGAUGAUCGGUGCCGAUCCCCGCUCUGACAACUGCCGGUUCUCGGCAGUACUUUCCUCACGAUAUGACAGCGUGAGGAAAGUGCAGCCGAGAACCGGCAAUUGAAU